AUGGUGUCAGAGAUGAAGCAGAUUCGUUUGCAAAUGACGAGCCGAGACGAAGAUGGGGGAGGCCGGGAGGGGGAGGGAAAGGGGAAGAGGAAGGGCGGGGAGGGGGAGUGCGAGCGCAGUCUCAGAGCUGCACGGGUGGGGUCGAGUCGAAGACGUAGAGUGUGCCUAUCGAUCGCUGUGCUGCAUCCAGUCUCGGUCGGGUCCAGGGACGUUCAGUCCACGAUUAGACCGGAAUCCACAGCGGGAGGCUACGUGUGGCUUCCCUCGUCCCCGUUCUCUUACAAGGAUUUUCCUCGCGUCUUCGAAUUCGGAAGAGGAAGUCCGGUGUUUCCAUCGAGGAAUCCUCGCGACCUUAAAUGCAACAAAGGAGGACGUCAGUCCAAAACUUAUCUGGAGUUACUCGAACCAUCGCAACGAGGUCUGAGGCUUGACUUGGACCUGGUGAGUGUAUGCCCCACGAGAAUGAAACGCAUGGUGGACGCCAUCACGAGUGACGAUGUCCAUGCACGGAUCGAGACGGGAUCGGGUUCACUGGAAGUGAGCCGAGAGUUGUUGAUCCAGACGGACUUGGCUGUGGUGAGUUUGAACUUUGGCCUGGGAUGCCCUGGGUCUCCGUUCAUCACGGGUCAUUGGAGAUAUGGCGAUCGAGAGGAGACAAACGGAGUCAUGCUUGCCACCGGACAUAACGAUGGCGCAAUUCGCAUCUGGCACUCCAUAUCUGGGAGGUUGCUGUUGAAGCUGGCGGACCACACGGGUCCGGUGACCGAAGUGGCCUUCGCCCCCGACCAGUCCAUGCGCCUCGUUUCGGCAUCGAAGGACAAGACCCUCAAGGUGUGGGAUCUCACCGACGAUGGGAACAUGUUCAAGACCCUGCGCGGCCACGUGAACGGGGUGACCAUGUGUGCCUGGUGCCCCUCGGGACGACUCAUGGCGUCAGUUGGCUCCGGCAAGAAGGUGAUAAUGUGGGACAUGGAGGAGUAUGGGAUGCGCUGGAAUUCAGCAGCUCAUCAUAACCAGAUAAAGUCGUGCCAGUUCUCCCCGGACGGAGCCUUCUUGCUAACGGCGUCGUACGACACUCGGGUCCUCGUGCUCGACACGGCAACAGGGCAGCUCCUGCGAACCCUAUUCCAUGUGUGGCCCAUGCCUAGCCUCAUCUAUGCCUCCGGCAGCAACUCCUGCUGGAUCCGAUCCGUCACCAUUUCUCCAGAAGGCACUGGGAUCGUCACCGUCGCUGACGACGGGCUGGUGAGACUGUGGGAUCUGGGCGACGAGACCAGUCCCGCUGCUGUUUUCCCUGUCGAGGCUCAGAUGUCAUGCUGCCGGUAUUCGCCCAAGCAGAAUCUCCUUGCUGUUGUAUCCAUCCUUCUUCCUCGGAUCUGUACGGUACCGGUCGUCCCUCCCCGUGUCGCCUCGGUCGUUUCCUCGCCGUCGCCCUCACGAACCAAAAAAUUCUGGAUAGAGACAAAUGACUCUGACAACAUGUGGGAAGCUGCUGCUGUUGGAGGCGAGUCCCAGUGUGCCGACCCUGAAGCAUCUGGCGAGGCUUGCCGUCAGACGGCGGUUUUCGACAGAUGACAUCCCAUGCCUCAACAUUCCGGCCACCCUCGCAGACUUCCUGCUCUACCAUGAAUGGCUGUGAUUGUCAUCAUCAUCAUUAUCAUCUUGCUUCCAUAGUGCUUUCCUCAUUGGCAGACUGAGCUCAUCUGCAGAGUGCAAAUCCCAAUAUCACCCAGCUACUGGGCGUGUUCCAUGAUCUCACCACAUCGCAAAAUUUGAGUUAGGUUAAAGCAUUACCAGUAUGGAGAAUGGUGGACGGUGAUGACUGCUUGGUUGAGCUUCGUACUUAUCUUUGCUAUCCCUGCUACCCUUCCAAUAUUUUGCCAAAUUCAGUCUUCAUCACGUUUGUCAUUCUCAUAUAAGGAAUUGUGAUUUUUAUUGUAAUAAAGAUACCCAUGACGAUUAACAUGAAAA